AUGGAAGAUCUAGAGGAAACACUAUUUGAAGAAUUUGAUAACUAUUCCUAUGCCCUGGAAUAUUACUCCCCAGAGUCUGAUUUGGAGGAGAAAGUCCACCUGGGAGUUGUUCACUGGGUCUCUCUGAUAUUAUAUUGUUUAGCAUUUGUUCUGGGAAUUCCAGGAAAUGCCCUUGUCAUUUGGUUCACGGGAUUCAAGUGGAAGAAGACAGUGACCACUCUCUGGUUCCUCAACCUGGCCAUUGCGGAUUUCAUUUUUGUUCUCUUCCUGCCUCUGUACAUCUCCUAUGUGGCCAUGAAUUUCCACUGGCCCUUUGGCAUCUGGUUAUGCAAGGCCAAUUCCUUCAUUGCCCAGUUGAACAUGUUUGCCAGUGUUUUUUUCCUGACUGUGAUCAGCCUGGACCGCUAUAUCCACUUGAUCCAUCCUGUCUUGUCUCAUCGGCACCGAACCCUAAAGAACUCUCUGAUAGUUAUUCUAUUUGUCUGGCUUUUGGCUUCUCUUACUGGUGGUCCUGCCCUAUACUUCCGAGACACUCUGGAGUUCAAUAACCACACUGUUUGCUAUAACAAUUUCCACGAGCAUGAUCCUGACCUCACUUUGAUGAGGCACCAUGUUCUGACCUGGGUGAAAUUUAUUGUUGGGUACCUCUUCCCUUUGCUAACAAUGAGUAUUUGCUACUUGUGUCUCAUCUUCAAGGUGAAGAAGCGAAGCAUCCUGAUCUCCAGUAAGCAUUUCUGGACAAUUCUGGCUGUGGUUGUGGCCUUUUUGAUUUGCUGGACUCCUUAUCACCUUUUUAGCAUUUGGGAGCUCACCAUUCACCACAAUAGUUAUUUCCACCAGGUACUGCAGGCUGGCAUCCCCCUCUCCACUGGUUUAGCAUUCCUCAAUAGUUGUUUGAAUCCCAUCCUUUAUGUCCUAAUUAGUAAGAAGUUCCAAACUCGCUUUCGGGCCUCAGUUGCUGAGAUACUGAAGUACACGCUGUGGGAAGUCAGCUGUUCCGGCACAGUGAGCGAACAGCUCAGGAACUCUGAAACCAAGAAUCUGUGUCUCCUGGAAACAGCCCAAUGA